CAUCCGCCAUUUUUAUUUUGUGGUGUGAACAGAGUUCAGUUCAGAGUUUCGAUAAUUUAGAAUAAACAAACUCAUUUUUCUUAUCUAAAUGUCGCGACAAACCUCUGUUCGAUCCGACACAAAGAAAGUGAGUGCAGAGUUAUUCACACUAACCUAUGGAUCUCUCGUCGCUCAGCUCGUGAAAGACUAUGAAAGCGCACCAGAGGUCAAUAAACAGUUGAAUAAAAUGGGUUAUAACAUUGGAGUAAGAUUAAUAGAGGACUUUCUAGCAAGGUCUAACAAUAUGGGUAGAUGUCAUGAUCUUAAGGAAACUGCAGAUGUUAUAGCAAAGAAUGGUUUCAAGAUGUUCCUUGGAGUGACCCCAGUAGUUACAAACUGGAGUGCCGCAGCAGAUGAGUUCUCUCUUAUCCUGGACAAUAAUCCACUAGCAGACUUUGUGGAAGUUCCAGAUGGCCUUGAGGGCUUGCUGUAUUCUAACAUCUUAUGUGGAGUAUUAAAAGGAGCUCUAGAAAUGGUUCAGAUGGAAGUUGAUGUAUGGUUUGUACAAGAUGCCCUCAGAGGGGAUGAUACCACUGAAAUAAGAGUCAAGUUUAUAAAAAAACUAGAAGAUGCUUUACCAGCUGGGGAAGAUUAAUUUUUGGGCUGUAAAUUACUUUAAAGACCAAGUUAGUGUCAUAGUUAGGGCUGGAGUCCAAAUACAGCUAUUUCACAAAAGUUUUGUGAAAGUAUUGUUGCAUGUUGCAUAUUGCAAAGCAAGCCUUUUAUGCACUAUGCGUGAUGUAAAUGCAAUCAGCAAUGUUGAAUUUUCGAAAACUUUGUCUGGACGUUUUUCAGGUAUAUUCUCUUUAAUCUGUGAUAUUUACAUAUAAUCCACAUUUCAAGCUUGGUAUGCAAUAUGCUACAAAAUUUUCACCAACUGUUUUUUGAAAUAACUUUAUAUGAUAUAUGAUAGAUGAGGCGGUAAGCUGCGUGGGAUGGGCUCGGAAAUCAUAUAAGCGUAAUAGGUAAAUUACGAGCCUUGCAUGAAACGACUGAAGAAGAGUACCAAUGGGCCUUUCACAACUUCAAGUCGCGUAAAAAAAUAGAUGAGUAUUUCAUCUGAUUUUCCCCAAUAAGUAGGUCAUAAAUAUUUUGAUUUCAGGUAGUAUUGCGAUUUUCCUAUAAGUUUGACUGGGAGAGAGCUGCCAAUUAUGAACCUGAAGUUGUCGGCUAAGAAUUUCCUCACAAUAUGAGAAUCACAAUACAAAAUCUACUGUGAUUUUAAGUAGCCAAUAUGGAUUUAUACUGAUGGCGAAAAGUAUAUCAAGGCCUAUCAUUGCCAUAUAUUACAUUGAUGUAUAUAACAAUAACACGUCUGUUGAGAUUAAAUCUAUCAAUUUAUUACAAUUUAUUGAUAUUAUUCAUAAUCAUUAAGAAGAUGCCAAGCAAUAAUAACAAGCCAUAAGACUGUCUUGGUGGCCAAUGAGAACCAUUAUUAUGGCUGUAUCUUAUUAAACCUUAUUAGUCAUGAAUGAUAAAAUUCUUACGAGGCAGCCAUGCCAUAAGGAACAAACAAUGCAAUGAUUUUCGUUUCCCCAAGGAAACUUCUAUUGUUUUGUGUCUUUUUUGUCAUACAAUGAAGCUGUCAUGAAACAACUUGACUCUUUCUUGGGUGUCGCAAGGCACCUGAAGCAUAAAGAUAACUAAACCAAUAGCAAAGAAAAAUGAAUUUGGAGCUUAACAAUGACCUGCAAAACAAAACGUCUAAUCCAGAGACAUAAAAUAAAGCUUGCUACACCAAGAAAGACCUAACAACAACUCUAUUGUGUAGCUCCAGAAAUUAUCCAUACCCUACCAYGGACAAAUUUUUUAAAGACCCCCUUUGCCCCAAAAAUUCCAAUUUUCUUCCAUACAAACUCUGUAAUUUUGUUCUUUCUCCGACCCUUCUACCCCUGGAAAUUCCAAUAUCCUUCCAUACAAACUCUGUAAUCUUCUUUUUUUCUGCCCCCCCUCCCCCCACCCCCUCAGAAAUUUCAAAUUCCUCUGUUGUGGGGAAGGGGUAUGGAUACGUUCUGGAAUUACACAUUGCCAUCACUCACCUAAUGUAUAUAAGCUUCACAAAUUACCAUUAAGACUAUUAGCAUUUUCGUUUUAUUCUAGAAAAGGUUUAAAGUUACAUUAAAGAUCAA